AGUCAAGCUACUUUUAAGGCUCCACCAGCUUCAAUAAGAAACUCUUCGACAGCAGAAACUCUUUAUAAUAUUGCUUGAUCAAAGUGUUUGCGUGUAUGAGUUUUCCUUUGAUCUUCUGACUCUCUCUAUCUCUCAGUCUUUAGGUUUUGGCCGGUAGCCAUGGGAAGAGCUCCAUGUUGUGACAAAGAUAGCGUGAAGAGAGGCCCUUGGUCUUUAGAAGAAGAUGCAACUCUUAAGAGCUAUAUUCAGAAUCAUGGCACUGGUGGGAAUUGGAUGGCUUUGCCCAGAAAAGCUGGCCUAAGGAGAUGUGGCAAAAGCUGCCGUUUAAGAUGGCUUAAUUAUCUCAGACCAGACAUCAAACAUGGAGGUUUUACUGAAGAGGAAGACAACAUUAUUUGUACCCUCCACAGCCAAUUGGGAAGCAGAUGGUCUGUGAUUGCCGCUCGACUACCUGGAAGAACAGACAACGAGGUGAAGAACUAUUGGAACACCAAAUUGAAGAAGAAGAAGCAGCUGUUGACAGGAAAUACGAGCAGCGCCACAACAAAGAGUGACAAAAUGAUCUAUUCUCACGAUCACAGUUUCGUCUCAAAAGCUGAUCAACCCCAUAGUUUUGUAACUUCGGCUUCAUCCCAACCUCAAAACCUCACUGAUAUUAGUUUUGGAUUAUCAUCAGCCAGUUUUCAAGGCAGCCUGAGCAAUUCAGAUCCAGUUCAAUUAUACUGCCCGGGCCUCAUGGAUGUUUCGGAAUUUGGUGCAACUUCAAAGAACAGUAGUACUAGUACUCUCAUUGUCUCUCUGUCUCAAGACAGUUCAAGCAACAUCUCACAUUCGUCUUCUUUUGCACUCGAUAAGUUUGUCUCAUUGGCCGGAAAUGGUUAUGUCGAUGAUUCCGGGGUUUUGACGGGUUGGGGCUUUGGAUCAUCUCGGCCUUAUGGUCUUGACAACAGCCUAAUUUUUCCAGAGAAAUUAGAUGGUGGAUUUGGUCCAACAUGCUAUCCAAAUAUGGGUGAUUUUACAUUCACUGAUAUCAAGUCUCAAGGAGUAGUACUUGAUCCAAAUGUCAUAAACCAAUAUUAAAAAGUAGAAAAGGGCCAAGAAAGCUGGAGAAAUCUCACUGUUUCGAUCUCGAAUCAUGCUCUGGGGGUAAUGGUACAAUUGUCCGUAUAUAGCAGUGAAAGUACUGAAAGAUUAUCGAGUUUUAAGAACAUUGAAUAUAUACUGUAAAUGUAAUUUGUAAGUUCUGUAAAUGAGUAAAAUAUGAACAA